CUCAAUCGACGAGCAACUUUGGCAGCGUGAAGAACGGAAGACGGCGCAGACUACACAACGUGGAUAUUUGGCUAAAUAAACAACAACAAAAUCAAAGAGUGUGCUUGAUAGUGUGCGUGCGUGUGUGUGUGUCGGCGGCAAUGUGCAAAAAUAAAAAAUCUAUAUAUAUUUUAAAUUGAAUAUAGAAAUACAAAAGCACACACACGGCAGAGCCGUGGAAGGGAGACAAAAGAUUGCAGCGGAAAUACUAAAAAAGCAAAAAUCGAAAAGUGGAAGUGGAAAAAAGUGUCGGCGUGUCUCUGUGUGUGUGUGUGUGUGUGUUAGAAAGUGUGGCCAGAAGUGACAUCACACCCAGAGAAGGGGACAAGAGCAACAUAGUGUUUUGCAGGAGCCCAGCCGUUGAGAAGUAUCAGCAGGAGAAGCGCCCAGAAAAACGGCGAAAAUUAACGCGCAACGCAGCGGAACAUACGAGAACGAGCAGAGCAGCACGCGUCGUCGUCGUCGUUGUCGCCGUUCAAGGUGAACCCGCACCGCACUCCAUUCCCCCCACGAAAACUAAUCUCUGUGGCAGCAACCUUUUCGACAAGCCUCAGAAGUCGGAGCUAAAAACUUUGAAAAAAAAAACAAAGAAGAGAAUACAAAAUUGUCUAUUCACUCCGGACUCGAGAAAGUUUACGGUUGACGGUAACUGCAGGGACAUCGGUUAAGGAAACAACUCCGAAACUGAGAUGAAGCCAACUGUGAUAUCAGCGAAUCAGGCCCAUGCCCAGGCUCAGGCCAGUGCGGGCGGAAACGGAGGUCCCGGAAACGUGUCGGGCAUCAAUAUACCCAUCAAUCGGGAGUACGUGAGCGGUGCCCACGGAUCCCCGCACCAACAGCAGCCGCAUCCGCAUCCGCAAUUCAACAGCAGCACCCUGCCCGGAUACGGAUCGCCCAGGCAGCGUCCCCCGCACCAGCAGCAGCAUCCUCAGCAGCAGGUUCCCACAAAUCAACAGCAGCAACACUUUCAGCCGACUUUUGGAUUCGAACCCGACAUGGAUAUGGACAUGGACAGCAUGUUUCCGCGCUCACGCAUGGGGCGGAUGCACCACGAUCCCUUCGCCGGCUUCGGCGACUCACACUUUGGGUUCCCCCAGUUCUCGACAAUGGGCAGGCGCGGCCGCAUGGCCGGCGGUGCCAACAAUCACAUGGACCACGACGACGAUUUCUUCAACCGACUGCCCUCGGAGUUCCGUCAGUACAUCCCGGAUGGCUUUGGGGCCAGGCGCGGCACGGGACAGGCGACUGGGACUGUGCCUCCACAGCAGCCGCAGCCGCAGCAGCAGUACUACCAGCAGGAUUACCCUGUGCCGCCACAGCAGCAGCAGUUCGUGCCAGUGGUUCCGCAGCAGCAGCAUCAGGUGCCGCAGUCGCCCUCAAAGCGCCUCUGCGAUGCGGCCAUCCAAACAGAGGAUCCUGCCGGACGUUCCGAGGUGGAUUGUGCUGCACCCGUGAAUCUGAAUCAGCAUGGUCUGCGCAACACUGUGGACAUGGGCGUGAAGAGUGUGGCCGAGCAAGACCAGGCAGCCCGGUCCCACUCUGCACCUCCUCCAGAGCAACAGCAGCAGAACCUGCUGUACCAACAGCAACAGCGACCCACUCCCCCGCCUGGAGUGCAUCAGCCACAGUUUGGCACUCAGACCAGUCCACCGGUGCAAGGGCAGUAUCAGCAGGCGCAACAGCAGCCCCAACAGCAUCCGCCUCAGUUUAAGUCGUACUAUGCCCCGCAUCAGCAAACGCAUCCUCAGCAGAAGCAGCAGACGCCGCCUCCUGCCCCACAGACGCCCGGGGGAAGCUUCAUCCGCACUAUUCCCAUCUUCGUCGAGGGUCGGACUGAGCCCAUUAUCAAUGCCCACAAGGAGAUUCCAAACCAGAAUGCUCCGCCUAGUGCCCAGGCCCAGGCUCAGGCCCAGGCCCACUACUCGCCACAGCAGUCACGUCCAACGCCUCUCAAUACUCAGCAGCAGCAGCCGGCGGAGCAACAGUUUGCAGCAGAUGGAGCUGCAGGACUGCCACCCCAGACACCCCACACUCUCGAUUCGAUCAACAAGAUUCAGGACAUCCAGCGCGACGUGCUCGACCUGAUGACCAAGGUAGAACAGUUCAAGGGCAUGCGUCAGGAGAAGGAGUAUGCCUACCUGGACGAGAUGCUAACCCGCAAUCUACUCAAGCUGGACACCAUCGACACAAACGGCAAGGACAGCAUUCGUCUAGCCCGCAAAGAGGCCAUCAAAUGCAUUCAGGCUUCAAUAAAUGUGCUGGAGGCCAAGGCCGAGGAGAACGCCAGGCUGGCGGCCGGAGUGGGCCCUCCCGUCAUCGAGCAGGCGGCCACAGAGGCAGCGGCAGAGGUGCAAGAGCCGGUCACACCACAGCCACAGGAUGCUACAAAGAUCCAAGAGCCAAUCCCCCUGCCUCCACCACCAAGUGCUGUGGAGGGAGCCGCUUCCAACACUGCCGUGGAGGCUCCGCUAGCAGCAGCCGAAGCGGCUCAAACCGUCUCUUCGACUGAGACAACCACCUCGACGUCCGAAUGAUGAACAGAGCGCCUCUACAAGGCGACCACCACAUCGAGACAGCUACGCAAAUUAACCAAAUUCAAGUGAUGAUUGGGCGGGAGAAUGACGAAUGACGGCGAGCAAAGUGUUUUGUUUGGAAGUUAUCAACGGACAGCGAAAACUUGAUUGAUUAAACGGCAUGUGAAGUGAAUGUGAAUACGCGUAUCUUUGAUAGUGUUCCAUGCACAGAUACAUAUACAUAAAUACAUACGUACUACACACACACACACAUAUACAUAUAAGCAUACAAAUCUCAUGUGACAUAACAAAGGCAUCAGCAUCACCAUCACAGCAUCACAUGCAAUACACCCAUCCUUGACACAUCACAUGGUACGUUUUGUACACCGCAUAGAUUAGGCUAUAUUUGAUAUUGAUAUAUUGAAACACAAAAAAGUGCCUGCAUAGAAUUUGAAAGUUAACAAAUUGAACACGUUUUAGCAACGAUUUAUAUUGAUAACGCAGUGGCUUGACACUUGAAAGAGCUGAUUAUUUUUAAGCGAUAUAAAAUCACGACUAUCCGAGUCCAGUUUUUAUAGUCCGACGAGACAACUGCAGAUCGGAAUGGCAGGGAGCAGCAGCGAGCAGCAGUAUGAUCUCAUACAAAUCUACAGCAAAUGGAGCUAAGCUUGCUGGCCACACCUCUCCGGGCGCACCGCUUACAUCGCGUCUUUGCUACAGUUGAAUCUGAAUUGUUAAACAAAGGCAAACAAACACACACACUUAUUGAGAACUCUUAUGAAUAACUAUUUAUGCUACUAAUUAAUACGAGAAUAAAUGUAGAUAUUGUUGACCAUA